AUGGUUUCCUCAUUCCUCUCGCGCGGAUGCGUGGCCAAAGAGCACGACCUGGCGUCACUGCAUCUCCGACGCGACCAGUCGCUUCCAGUCGUCCUCUCCACCGAGGUGACCAGCGCCGACCAUGAAGGCUACGCGGAAGGCGUGGUCACCAACACGCGUUUCGGCUCCUUCCCGCAUUCCACCAUGAUCGGGGCGGCAUGGGGCAGUCAGAUCCGGGCCAGCAAAGUGGACACGGGGUCGCGAGGGCGCAAGGAAGCGAUGAAUGCGAAGGCGAAGGCGAAGAAGCGCAAGGCCGAGGCGCUGGAGCAGAGUCAGAGUCGGAGUCAAAGUCGGAGUCGGACCGACACCCACGCUGGGGACGAGGACGCGGUGGCCGCGGCCGCGGCUGAGGUUGAGGUUGAGGUGGCCAGUUCAGGCUUCGUCCACAUCUUACCGCCGACGCCGGAGAACUGGACGAUCAGUCUGCCCCAUCGCACGCAGGUCGUCUACACGCCGGACUACAGCUACAUCCUGCACCGCAUCCGCGCGCGGCCGGGGUCCAGGUUGAUCGAGGCCGGGAGUGGUAGUGGCAGUUUCACGCAUGCGGCAGCUCGAGCCGUCUUCAAUGCGUAUUCGGCCACUUCCGGAGUCGAGUCGGUGGGCAAGGUCUUCUCGUUCGAGUUUCACGCCGAACGGCACAGGCGAGUCAAGGCGGAAAUGGUAGAGCACGGGUUGGAUACGAUCGUGCACACGGAGCAUCGCGACGUCUACAGAGACGGGUUCCUGGUCCACGAAGACGAAGAGAACCGUGAUCGCAAGACAUCACCGCAGGCGAACGCAAUCUUUCUGGAUCUGCCCGCGCCAUGGGAGGCGGUGCCUCAUCUGACUCGAGAGCAUCAGGAUGGCAAGCCCUCGGCGCUCGACCCCAACUCGGCCGUGCACCUCUGUACAUUCAGUCCGUGCAUCGAACAGGCGCAGAAGACGGUAUCUUCGCUCCGGCGCCACGACUGGCUCGAGAUUGAAAUGGUCGAGAUGCAACAAAAGCGCAUCGAGGUGCGCCGCGAGUACACCGGCCUGUCGUAUGAUGGCAUGCGCGGCGCCAAUGCCUAUGCCGCCGACGUGGAUGAGGCUCUGGUCCGGUUGCGCGAAGUCGAGCGCCGUGCCAGAGAUUUCCACGCCAGGACCCUGUCCAAGCGCCAGCAGGCGAACGGCCAGCGGCAGCAGCAGCAGCAGCAGCCCGACGUCGGCAAGCUGCCGUUCAACGGGGGCAAGCUCGUGCACCGAACAGAGCCGGAACUCAAGACGCACACCUCGUACCUGGUGUUCGCCAUCCUCCCUCGAGCGUGGACGGAGGAGGACGAGGCAACGGCACGGGCCAAGUGGUCGAAGCACGUCAAGAUCGCGCCCAGCGUGCCGAAAAGCCAACGACAGAUGAAGAAGGAGGCCAAGCUCAAAUCCAGAGGUCAACCACAGGUGUUGAAUGGGAGGGUGGAUGGGGAGAUGGGGGAGACAACGACAGAGAAGACGAAUGCAGGCACGGGGGAGUCUACACCAAGAGCGGAGGCAGAGGCGGAAGCGGAGCCAGAGGCAGAGGCAGAGGCACCUGGAGGCUUGCAUGUCUAA